CUCUCAUUGAUCAACAAUUAUGGCUUCGAUAGCAGCAGGCCUGUCUCAGGCUCUUCCGAAGCCAAAGUACAGCGGCGAAUACGAAGAAUCAAAGUCACAGCAACGCGGUCCCAGAAUUGUCGGCGCCGGCCAAAUUGACGAAACUCAAGUUGUGCUGAGGAGAACCGGACCACCACCGUAUGGAAAUCGACAAGGUUGGCGACCGCGUGCACCAGAGGAUUUCGGCGAUGGCGGUGCCUUUCCAGAGAUUCCCGUUGCUCAGUAUCCCUGGGGCAAGGACGCCUCGAACAAGUCGAACGCGUUAGUUGUUCAGGUUGAUGGAGAGGGCAAGGUCGACUACACAGCGAUUGCACGACAGGGUCACAGCAGCGACCGGGUCAUUCACGCGUCAUUCAAGGAUCUGAUUCCAUUGCGACAGAGGGCUGAAGCGGGCGAUCUUGACUUGUCACGACCGAGCAAAGAGGAGGUGGAAGCAACGGCAGAGAGGACCAAGAAUGCACUGGCUGCGUUGGUCAGCGGCGCCGUGGCGUCCCAGAAGCCCAAAAACAUCAACAUCAAUACGAAGCGAGAGCCGACAUUUGUGCGAUACACGCCAUCAGCGCAGAUGGGAGACAACUCCAAGAAGCAAGACCGUAUCAUGAAGAUUGUGGAGCGACAGAGAGAUCCCAUGGAGCCACCCAAGUUCAAGCACAAGAAGAUUCCCAGAGGACCCCCAACUCCCCCUCCUCCAGUUAUGCACUCGCCUCCGAGGAAGUUGACGGCCGAGGAUCAAGAGGCAUGGAGAAUCCCACCUCCUAUUUCCAACUGGAAGAACCCCAAGGGUUUCACUGUUCCGCUCGACAAGAGAUUGGCCGCCGAUGGCCGCGGUCUGCAAGAUGUGCAAAUCAACGACAAGUUCGCCCAAUUCUCGGAAGCCCUCUUCAUGGCCGAUAGACACGCCAGAGAGGAAGUCCGACAGAGAGCUAUGAUGCAGCAGAGGCUGGCAGAGAAGGAGAAGGCACAAAAGGAGGAACAUCUUCGCCAACUUGCGCAGCAAGCCAGGGCGGAGCGCGCGGCUGGUGGACGGAGCAGGAGGUCACGAUCCCGCUCUUACAGUGGUUCCGAAUCUCGCUCCGAGAGCGAUGAUGACUCUGAGCGGGAGAGAAGGGAAGCGCGCAAGGAGAAACUUCGCGAGGAGGAGCGCAAACUCAGACAGUCGCGUAUGGGUGCGGAGAGGAGAGCCCAGGUCAUGGCCCGCGAGAUGGACAGAGACAUCUCAGAGAAGAUCGCCCUCGGUCUCGCCAAGCCCACGCAGUCCAAGGAGGGCAUGUAUGACUCCCGCUUGUUCAACCAGUCUAGCGGUUUCGACAGCGGCUUCAACGAGGACAACCCGUACGACAAGCCUUUGUUUGCCGCCCAGGAAGCUAUCAGCAGCAUUUACAGGCCCCGUGCCAACGCGGAGGAUUUCGACGAUGAGGCGGCGGGCGAGAGCGAGAUGGCGAGGAUUUCGAAGUCGAACAGGUUCGGCGAGGCUCUGGGUCGUGGCACGUUCAAGGGUACGGCUGAGGCGGAGGCGAGGGAAGGGCCGGUGCAGUUCGAGAAGGACACGGGGGCGGACCCCUUCAACGUGGACAAGUUCCUCAACGAAGUGGAGAAGGACGGUGCUUCCUCGUCGAACAAACGCGGCUAUGGGUUGAAUGAUGGAGAGAGGGACUCGAAACGAACGAGGAUCGAUGACGAUGAGGACUAAGUCAGUGGCUCUAGGGUACUGAGAAGAGCCCAUCGUGUUCUGUGAUGUCCAAUAUUGGCUCGGGCUUUGUCGUACUGCAUGUUAAGGAGUUUUGUUCACAUGGGCGAUUCAGACAUAAUGCAAGCGAAAUAGGAUAAAGAAAGUACUUUGCCUGA